GGCCAAUCCAACCGCUGCGUGGUGAAGAGAUUUCUGGUAAGCAUUAUGGUAUGCAGUAGCUCCAAUGCCUCAUCACAAUCUCGUGUCUAGAAUCCAGAAGCACCCAGGGAGACCUGUUCCUUCUCAUGCACAGCGUUCCGAUCCCGUAGCCUUAGAAGAUAAUCCAGAUAUCUCAUUCGACCUCCUGCACUCCAGACGCCUCUUGGUUCGCGCCGACAAUGUUGAUCGAUGUCCCUCGAGACGUUGAAGUUCUGCAGACUGCAGUUGAGAGAGACUAAAAACUACACAUGGCGGUGUAAAAAGCAGCAUUUCUGCAAACACACACACACAUAGACACGCAUGGCGGCCUCGGUUGGCGACUGCAGCCCGUUACUACCUACAUACAGUAGUUCCAUCUCCUGUGGUCGUAACAAAAAAAACGUUUCAUGAGUUGGCCAGUAGUCUACAUUAAAAGGUACAUACAUAGGAGGUAGCGGUAUGUAGGUAGAUAGUACCUCCUAGGACCAC